CAAUUCAAGCUUGCCUGUACCUGCGGUUGACGAAAGUCUUCUGGCUGCUUUCUCAAUACUUCAAUAUAUCUGUUGCAAAAUUGCAGAAGCAAGGGUUCCUUGCCCCAAAAAGAGGUACCCUACUGCUUUUCUCAACUGCAUAACGGGGCAGCAGAACACUAGGCGUUUGCUGAAGGACGAUUAGUGGCCGAUGUGGUGGGAAAGUGCACCCCCCUUCAUCCUCAUCGGUCUAGCACUUGCUGGAAUGGGCCACAUACAGGGUUGGAUACACCAAGGCUUCUAUGGCAAGCCUAAGGCAGUGUGCCAGGACAGCUAUGACAGGAAGCUGGCAAAGCGGGACGCGCGAAUCAUGCAGGAGAUCAAGGAAAGGCAGGAGGCUAUCACAGGCAAGAAGACGGGGUUCUUCUCAUAAAUGGACCACCAGCAACUACAAACGGAGUGAAGUACCGCAAAAUAACCUGGCUGGCGGUCAGCUAAUGUAUGAUGGCCUACUGUCUUAGAUUGGACAGUCAGUGAGGGACAACAGCUGGCAAAGACGGAAAGGAACGUUUGCAGCAUUUGCAGCAGUGCACCUAAAGUAUUGACAAGACAUAUUGGACAUUUCUUGAUAAGAUGGCACCUCCUUGUAAGACAUUGUUCUUAC